AUGGCCCUCUUCGACGAGUUCUUCUCUGGGACCAUGGACCUUGGGCGCCUAAACUAUGGGAUCAUUACCCUCAUCCCCAAGGUCCCGGGGGCCUCGGACAUUCGCCAAUUCCUCCCGAUCAUGGUGAUCAACGUGAUCUUCAGGAUCUUGGCUAAAGGUCGGACGGCGGUCAACAUCAACGGUGAGAUCGGGCCUUACUUCCCCACCUUAUGUGGGGUCCGCCAGGGUGACCCGUUCUCCCUGUUUUUGUUCAACAUGGUUGUCGAUGCCCUCGCGGUCAUCCUUGAUAAGGCCAAAGCUUGUGGCCAUCUCCGCGGCGUAGUCCCCCACCUAGUGGGUGGGGGAGGGGUCUCCCUCCUCCAAUAUGCGGAUGACACCAUAGUUAUGGUGGAGGGCUCCGCGUCCGACAUCGCCAACCUGAAGUUCCUCCUCCUGUGUUUCCAACAGAUGUCUAGGCUCACCAUCAACUUCGAUAAGAGCGAAGUGAUGGUCCUUGGCUAUCCUCCGGAGGAGGCUUUAUCCAUUGUGGACCGGCUGAACUGCCGCCUGGGUUCCUUCCCCACAACUUACUUGGGGAUACCCAUUAGUGAUUCCAGGCUCACCGUUGCUGAUCUCCGCCCAACGGUGACUAGGAUGCAGCACCGGGUUGAACCCUGGAGGGGGAGGUGGCUGUCGAAAGCAGCCAGGGUAAUCCUAAUCAACUCUUUGCUUGCUAGCCUUCUCUGGUUUCUCAUGAGCUUCUACGGCCUCCAUGAGACCCUCCAUCAGGAGGUUGCCAAAUACCAGUCGAGGUUUUUUUGGGCUGGUGAGGGCGACAAGCAGAAGUACCAUAUGGUGAGCUGGCCCGACAUUUGCAAACCCAAAGACCAGGGUGGCCUUGGGAUCUUGUCAUCUCGGCGCAUGAACAUUGCUCUCCUGACCCGUUGGCUGUGGCGUAUCGCCAAUGGGGAGGGAGGCCUCUGGCUUACCAUCAUCCGUAAUAAGUAUCUUCGGGGCCAGCCUCUUGCCUUUUGCCAGCGUAUGGGUGGAUCCCAGUUCUGGCAGUCCGUGAUCCAGCUUCUGCCAGUCCUUUGCAUCGGCACGUCCAUCUCAAUUGGAUCCGGGUCCUCGACCCUGUUCUGGUUCGACCGUUGGUUAGGGUACUCCCCCUGGCUGCGCGAUUCCUAG